GACAGAGGCGGAUGGCCUUGGCCACGCGGGACGCAGCCGCUGCGCUUGGCCUUAGUGGGACUCGUGGUUCCAUGCGCGCCUUCUUCACGUUGGACCUGCCUCGUUCCUCCUUUUUCAUUUAAACUCUCCAUCUUGUGUGCCACGCCCACUUUUCCUGGAGGGGUCACCUCCUGCUGUGGGAGGAUAAGGAGAGGCUGGAGGAGUCCUGCUGGGGCAGGUGUGCUCGGAGGAGAGAGGGAAGAAGGUCAAACAAGUGAGUGAAGCAUGGGUGACUGGAGCUUUCUGGGGCGGCUGCUGGAGAACGCUCAGGAGCACUCCACUGUGAUCGGAAAGGUUUGGCUGACCGUCCUCUUCAUCUUCCGCAUCUUGGUGCUGGGCGCAGCGGCUGAAGAAGUGUGGGGUGACGAGCAGUCCGACUUCACCUGCAACACGCAGCAGCCCGGCUGCGAGAACGUCUGCUACGAUGAGGCCUUCCCCAUCUCUCACAUGCGCUUCUGGGUCCUGCAGAUCAUCUUUGUGUCCACGCCCACCCUCAUCUACCUGGGACACGUGCUGCACAUUGUGCGCAUGGAGGAGAAGAGGAGGGAGCGGGAAGACGAGAACAGGAAGUUGGGGCGGCACCUGGAGGACCACGACCCCCUCCACCACAAUGGAGACGGAGGUGGGGGUUGGAAGAAGGAGAAGCCACCCAUUCGUGACGAGCACGGCAAAAUUCGCAUCCGCGGGGCGUUGCUGAGGACCUACAUCUUCAACAUCAUUUUUAAGACCCUGUUUGAGGUGGGCUUCAUCCUGGGGCAGUACUUCCUGUAUGGCUUCCACUUGAGACCACUCUACAAGUGUCGCCGCUGGCCCUGUCCCAACACUGUGGACUGCUUUAUAUCAAGGCCUACCGAAAAGACCAUAUUUAUCAUCUUCAUGUUGGCGGUGGCUUGCGUUUCCCUCCUCCUCAACCUGCUGGAGAUCUACCACCUGGGUUGGAAGAAAGUCAAGCAGAGUGUCACCAAUGAGUUCGCCGCCGACAAUGAGUCUCUCCUGCUGGGUGCAGUACGAGCUGGCGCUGCCAAAACUCUUCCUGAGGAGGUCAGUCCAGCACUCGACUGUUUGCCCACGUACACGAGCGUGAGUGUGGUAGGGGGCAGUGUGGCUGAGGGGGGCGCUGACAGUCCGACUGAGGUGAUCUCCUUAAGUCCCAAUAUGACAACCAGUUCUGUCAAGUUGGCCCGCGCAUUGUUCCACCCAAAUGACCUCCUGUUGCAGUCCUUCUACAGUGGCAGCCGCAGCCAGCUGUCGGCAGAGGAGCAGAACUGGAGCAACAUGGCGCUGGAGAUAAAUGACGCCGAUGGGAAAAACUCCCCCAGCUCAUACCCUCCUCCCUCGCCACGGAGCUCAUCUUCAUCCUCACCUCAGGAGGAGAAGACUUCACCUUCUCCACAAGAGGUGCAACACUCCACCUUUCCUACACUUCCUUGCCACGCCCGUCUUUACCUUCUCUCGCUAGAGGAGGCAUUGGCAAGCAAGGAGAAUGUGCUUCCAAGUGAUCACCUUACCGUGGUUACCAAAGCCGAGAUGCAUCAACCCCCCGACAUACAGAAACCGAGGAGCAGCAUCACCCGGGCUCGCCCCGAUGACCUGGCAGUGUAGCGAGAAUGAACAAACACAACAUAUAUUUGGGUACAAGUAGAAACGAUGUUCAUCACCUCAUUUGGUGUCACAGAUUAAUUUUAGACAGAGCUACAGCUACAAUAAUUCACAUAGUAAUACUCAUUAGACCUCCACUAAAGUCGGGUCAUUGGAUCAGAACCAAAUUGUCCACUUGAUAACCACCUCCUAAAGUAUACCAGGAGUUUUCAUGCAUUAAUUAUACAUGUUCAAAAAAAUACCUUCUUUCAUAUAAAGUCGAGUAAUUAUUUUUUAUAAUCCUGCUAACAAAAAUACAAUAAGAACAUAUCCCCCUUGGCAAAGGUGGCUAAUACUUUGUGGUUACACUGGGGGGGAAAUAGUUAUUUGAUCCCCUGAAUUAGUAAGUUUACUCUCUUACAAAUAUAUAAUCAAUGCUUGGUUUUUAUGAUCGAUUUUUUUAAACAAAGACAAUGUAAAUAAUAAUAAUAAAUACAAGUUGUAAAUUGGUUUGUGUUUGGUUUAGGCACAUAAGUAUUUGUUUCCAAUGCAAAAGGUGACACUACUUGGUGUAGAAAGUAUUGUUGGCAAGCACAGAUAUCAGAUGAUUCUUGUAUUUGUAGUACUUGUAGAAGACCACUUGAAGUUUGUUGUAGUUGUAGUACAUGUACAAGUGCACAUGUAGUUUAUUGUAGUAGUAGUGCAUUUGUAGUUUCUUGAAAUUGUAGUACAAGUAGUAGUGUACAGUACUUGUAGUUUCUUGCAGUUGUAGUACUUGUAGUAGUGCAUUUGUAAUUUGUUGUAGUUGGUCAGCAGGAUUGCAAACAUGUCACGAGGGAUUUUGGUGAGAGAAACAUUACAAAACAGAAUUUUUGCCCCUCCAUGUCUGACAGUAAUCAAAAAAUAUAUUGGAUUCGUAUUCAACAUUUCUUUCCAAACAAACACAUCCAGUCCACCUGAUGCCAAACACCUACAUUUAGCUGUUAUGUGACCUCAUCACAUUGUCUUUCAUUCAGGUGUUGAUUGUCAAUCUUGUAGUCCUUUCCAGUCUUGUGCAGGUCUAUAAUUGUGUCCCUCAAGACAGCAUUUUGGUCAUUCCCUUGGGGGUGUAGAAGUUUGAAUGGAAGACAGUGUUUGUGUGACAGGUGUGUUUCAUUCACAUGACAGAGCUGAUAUUAGAAAUAAUUUCUUAAAGUGACAGGACUCAUUUGUGUGUUUCAUAGACACACAACUGCUGUGUGGGGUCACAAUGCUUGUUGUCUGGUACUGGAUACAAAUUCAUGUAUAACCUUUAUUUAAUGUUAUGGCUUAUAAUAUGUCAUUCCCUGUAAAAAAAAUAAUCCACCAUACAAAUUAUGUACUGUUCAUAUCUUUGCAAAGGAGUAAACUAAUACAAAUCAGCAGGGGAUCAAAUACAUGUUUCCACUACUGUAUGUGCACAAAGAUAUAACAGAAUGUUUGUCCAUAUUUUCUACCAGAAUAAAAGUGUCGCAAAAUUAAAAGUACAGUGCAAAAAAAGUUUGAACAGGCUUAGGAAAUAGGGUACAUCAGCAUACAUACCAAUUUACAUCAUGACAUCAGUGUUCGUAAUAACGGUGCUAUGUAAUGACAGCUUUAGUAACGCCGUUACUAGUAAUCCAAUUGCCGUAAGUGAUAGCUUGAUGUAACGUGGGACGCUACUUUUGAUGUGGUUUUAUGUCGACAACAAGACAGCAUCAUAAGUGCAGCAAGUUCAAUGCAGUAAAUAUAUUUUUACUAGUGAAAGCAACAAACAGCACCACACUAAAAUAAACCUGAUAUCAAAUAGGAAGAGGCGCCACCACACUGUGACACAGCAGACAACAACAUAAGCACACGUACACAAUAGGAAUAAUGAACAACAAAUCACUGAUUAAAGUUACAAACUUGCCAUCCAAACAAUACACCGUUUGUUGACAAGAAGAUAUGACAGCCAUCGAAGCACGUUCAAUCUCUUUAUUAAGCAGAGGUAACUCAAUCCGGUGAAAAGAUUCAAAAGAGCCGGUGUCAGAGCCGACAACUUGUCGUUAUUAACAGCUAGAGCUAACAAACACAGCUCCCUUAAACCCUCUAUUAAGUCAUACGUCACUAGGAAACAGGCCCCACCUUUUAAAAGCACACACACUCACACUGCUCCAGAUGAAAUGUCUGUCAACUGCAUAUGCCAGAUACUAAAAGUUGAUUUUUUUAAAGUUAGGUGUUAAUUACUUUCCCUAGUAAUUAAUUACAUUUAUUAAAGAGUAAUUCUGUCAGUAAUUUAAUUACAUUUUUGGUAAAGUAACUAGUAACUUUAAUAAUUACAUUUACAAAGUAAUUUUUAAGAAUACUGAUCAUGACAUGGGCUUUAAACGAUUAGUGUAGAGUUUAUAGAACACAUUUUAAAAAGAUGUUGUGACUCUUUUUAUGCAGUCUGCGCUAUAGUUGGUGCAGGGUGCUGCUUCACCUGCAUGCUGCUGCUCCUUGCUGUCCGAGCAUCGUAGCUUGUUUUGUGAAUGCUGCUGAGUACACAUACUGCAUGUCAUUCUGCACCACCAUUAUUUUAUUGAUUUACCAUUUUAACACUCAACUACUUUCAACAGUAUUCAUAUCUCAACUCAUUGAAGCUAUUCCAACAUCAAAAUAUUCAGCUCAUUCAGGACACGGUGGAUAUCUGUUGACAUAUACCACGAAAUUCCCAUAUUUUUCAUAAUUCAAUAUUUUAUGUUGACAUUACUAUUGAAAAUGAGUAAACCAUUUUUACACAUUUUAAGUUCUGCAUUCCUCCCAUUUCUUAAUCGAUACAAAUCAUUCCAACAUUAAAUCGUUCAAUUAAUUUAGGAAAUUCUGACUAUUACUAAUUAUUUUCGACAUCCCAAACAUACUUCACCUCAAAUUCCAAAUUUUUAAUAACACAAAUUUUCUUUGAUUUUGUGAAUUUUUAGGACUUCCACAUUUCCCAACCAAAUCAAAACAUUUCAUCAUAAAAACAUUCAGCUCAUUUUAAACAUUUAUGUCAGGGGUGGGCAAACUAUGGCCUGUUGGCCACAUGCUGGACGCUAUGCUUAUGACCCGUAGAACAACUCGAAAUCAUAUAUUUUUUAAACACCCAAGUUGUAGCCAGCAACACGACUUGCAACGCUACUGUGACGAAUUUGAGUCACACAGGAAAUAGUCAGAGCCAAACUACACCUAUACCUGCAUCUACACUGGUUGGUAGGUUGCUGGAGUGGGUGAGGGUUAGAUUUUCACUGCAUAUUCUACAAAAAAAAUGCAGAAAAAAAACUGUAAAGGUCCCAAAUCCCCUGAAAAUGUUACCUUAAAACCAAAAUUAGUAUCUUUGAUGAUUUCCAUGCAUCCUGUCAUAAUUAAUGUAGUAGUUAAAUUAAUAACUCCUACAAUAUAAAAAUGGGACCCAUAACCUCCCUGCUUGGCACUCAGCAACACGGGUUGAAGUUGGGGGUUAAGUCACCAAAAUGAUUCCCGGGCGCGGCGCCGCUGCUGCCCACUGCUCCCCAAGGGGAUGGGUCAAAUGCAGAGGACAAAUUUCACCACAUCUAGUGUGUGUGUGACAAUCAUUGGUAUCUUUAAUCUUUAAUCUUUAAACUACAGAAAACACACAAUUUCAAAAGCGUAAACUGCGCUUUUUUUUUUUUUACAAUUGCUCAAAAUAUAGACACAGUCUUUUUGUCUCUGCGUCCACCUUUCAUUGAUGUAGAACUUUUUCUAUUUACACAAAAAGCACAUUACUCUCAUACCCUGUUGAAAAACGUGUGUAAAUGUGUGUAAGUAGGGCUGUGCGAUAUGAACGAAAAAGUAUAUCUUGAUAUAUUUUUACUUAAACUUGAUAUUCGAUAUAUAUCUCGAUAUAAUUUCCGGUGAAAAUAUUUAUACAAAGAUAUUCAUUUUUGAGCGAGAUUCACUGAAAUUUAAGUGAAUGACAAUUGUACUGUAAACAGUCAGUGGCACUUUUAUUAACCCACUUAGUCAAGAUGGUUAUUAACAGCACAUAAAAUAAACUGUUUAAGUAGCACAUAAUUAUAUAGCAUAAAUAAAAUAGAAACAUAUUCUUUCUACAUAAAAUAAAUAACUUAGCUGUGCAAAUAAUACAAAAUAUAUCAAACUCAGAUAAAAAAUAAAUAUGCAGGCAGGCACUUUUUAAAUCCCAGUCGACGAUGUAAUGGACUGUCACACACAUGUAUGGUUCUGUGGUCCUACUAGACCACAGCGCCACGUAAGUGACUUGACUUUAUUGUGUGACUAUGAUCUUGUUGUUUGUUUCAAAAUAAGUCAAUUAUUCAAUGUCAAGAUAUAAAGAAUAUAAAUAAUGAACAAAAUGUCAACUACUGUCUUGUUGUAAAACACCAAUGGAAAUGAAAUGUAGCAUUUAGACAGGCUAUACUGUAGCAAAAGUCAUCACAUGUCCACAAUCUUGUGUGUUCUUAAAUGUGUAUUCCACCCUCUUCCAUGUCGAGACCAGUUUUGAUUUGGGCUUACAUGGUAAACAACCCAAAUGUUGGCCAUUGUUUUAUCCAGACGCAUGCAUUUGUCCAAACGUGGCCAAGUAGACACAUUGUAGGUUUCCUGGACGUCGUCUACAUCGCUAAAAUAAAAAUCUUAAGAAGAGAAUCACUCUGCCAUCUUCCACUAGUUUUUUAAUAUAUAAAUUGCCCGCUUGAAAACUCCCUCUUCUCUUCUACAAUUCUCUCGUCGUCAUUUGGGAUGUCUGUUGUGAUUUCCCUUCCUGGUUCGAUGACCCGCCCUAUCUUGCCUCUGAUUGGCCUGUCCCUAAUGUUUUGCCCUAAUCUCAACCAAUCGUGACUCAUCAUAGCACGUCUUGGAAGGAGGAAUGGGAGGGGUUUAGUAUCCCGUGGAGGGGAGCGGAGGAGAACAAAGAACACAACAAAUAAGCGCCGUUUGGUCAUUUUAAUGUGAAAUAAAUUAUAUCUAUAUUACGAUAUUUUCUUAAUUCAUAUCUUGUUUAAAAAUAUAUCGAUAUAUCUUACAAACUCGAUAUAUCGCCCAGCCCUAUGUGUAAGUGAGUACUUCUUCUUUGCUGUGAUAAUCCAUUCACCUCAUGUCAAGUGUGGCAUAUCAAGCUCUGAAUUAGACAGCAUUUAAUGCCACACCAAAAUGUGCAGUUUUAACAGCAUAAUGCCACAUAUUUUGCAGGCGUUGAGGGAGUGUUUAAUAGGCUUGCUGACUGCAGCGAUGUCCACUAGAGCUGUUGACCCUGAAUUGAAUGUCCAAAGGUGUUUUUAGAGAAUUUGGCAGUACAUACAGUACAUACAACUGCAGACCAUGUUUAACUACACCAGCCUAGUACCUCAAUAUCCAGCAUCUUCACCUUCAAGAUCAUCUGAGACAAGUCCCCCAGACAGCGGCCGAAACGGUCACUUAACUUUUAAAGAAUUUCUGCACAAAUUGUCAGAAAUCGUCUCAGGGAAGGUCAUCUGCAUCAUCUGCUAAUUGGUCUUACAUUGACUGCAGUUGGUCGUCGUAACCAAUGUGACUCUGCAAAUACCCGCAUUCAGUGAUGUCUGGCAUUUUGGAAAGGUGUUCUAUUCCUGGAUGAAUCCCGGUUUUUAAUGUUUAGUGCAAAUGGCAGACAUUCAUGUACGAGUCUGAAGUCAGGGUGGAAGAAGUGGUCAAUGGUUUGAUGGAAUGUGCAGGCACAUUUUGUGGAGAACCAACACCGAUGGAUUUUAUAAAUAGCAUUUUGAAUGCACAGAUUGUGACGAGACCCCGAGCUCCAUUGUUGUGCCGUUCAACAAUGACAACCAGCUCAUGAUAAUGCAUGGCCCCCGCUCCUGGAAGCUGAAAUAUCCCAUCAUCCCAUCAUCCCAGCAUACUCAUCAGACAUGUUACCCAUUGGGUCUGUUUGGGAUGCUGUGAGUCUCCGCAUAAGAAAGGGUGUUCCACUUCACACAGCUAUUGAAGCUAAGAUACACCCCCUUAUGACUAUCUGUUGGUUUCCCGAAUGGACUGGACUCACACUUUUUCUAUCAUCUACCCACUUGACAUGAAUUGCAGCCCGUCACCCUGGAAGUGAGGGCCCUACAUCUGCGAUUCCUUCUCAAUGUUUUUUUUGUUUAGUUUUUCCUGGCCCUGGAUUUGGGUUUGGAUCAAGGGAUGUCGUUGUGAGUUUGUGAAGCUCUGUUAAGGCUGUAUGAAUACAAUUUGAUUCAUUGAUUGGGUGAUUGAAAGAGGAGUGGACCAACAUUCCACAAUCAACAACAUUAGAUGUGUUGCAUUUCUGGAGACAAAUGGUGGUCACAUUAGCCGCUGACUGGUUUUCUGACGUACCCCCCGUCCCCCAGCAGUGCCAAUACAGUAACUUUGUUGUUGGCAUCCGUAGGUCUCGGAAGACAAUGAAUUGGCGCCCCUUAGAUAUGAUUUAGUUGGUCAUGCAGUAUCUGCUGUAGCUGUACAGACCAACACGGGAGUGACAGUCUCUGUUGCACUUGGUGCAUUUAUAAGUCGAGUCAGCGACAGGAUGUAGUUGCUUGCUCUUUCUCUGAGCUCGCUUCUCAUCUGCAAGCUGGCGGCGUUUUGCCUCGCCAGCUUUCAGUCCAGUGUUCACGGUGUGUCUCCAGCUGAAUCUGUCCUGAGCAAGCUCUUCCCAGGUGUUCAGGUCCAUGUCGAGCGCUUUCAGGUCACGCUUGCAGACAUUCUUAAAGCGGAGAUGGGGCCGUCCCGUUGUCCUCCUGCCAAAAGCAAGCUCUGCGUAGAUUAUGUCUUUGGGGAUCCGGCCAUCGUCCAUUCGACGCACAUGGCCCAGCCAUCGAAGGCGACGCUGACGGAGCAGAGUGACCAUGCUGGGAAUCUUGGCUUGCAUCAGCACCUCGUUGUUUGUCACACGAUCGCUCCAUAUAAUCCCGAGUAUGCGACGGAGGCAGCGCAUGUAAAAGGCACUUAGCCUCUUCUUCUGCGAGGAGUACAGAGUCCAGGAUUCGCUGAUGUACAAGAGAGUGCUUAGCAUGCAGGCACGAUACAUAGUGAUCUUGGGGUUUAUUGUCAGCAUGCUGUUGUUCCACACUCUUUGCGACAACCUGGCCAAGGUUGUGGAUGCCUUGCCAAUCCUCUUGUUGAUCUCUGCUUCCAGUAAGAGGUUGUCAGUGAUGGUGGAACCAAGGUAUGUGAACUGGCUGACGACCUCUAGUUCAUCGUUGUUGAUGGUGAUACAGGGUGGUUCAGCAUCUUGGGCCAUCACAUUUGUCUUCUUCAGACUGACAGUCAGGCUGAACUCGUCGCAUGCCUUUGCAAAGUGGUCCAUCAGGCUCUGUAGCUCUUCUUCUGUGUGGGUGGCCAGAGCAGCGUCAUCUGCAAACAGCAUGUCUCUGAUGGUUACCUUCCGGACCUUGCUCUUUGCUUUUAGGCGAGCCAGGUUGAACAGUCUGCCGUCUGACCGAGUGUGGAGGUAAACACCCUCGGUCGACGAUCCGAAGGCGUGCUUCAGCAGAACGGCAAAGAAGAUGCCGUAGAGAGUGGGAGCGAGGACACAGCCCUGCUUGACGCCACUGCGGAUGUCGAAGGCACCUGACGUCGAGCCGUCAUAUUGAACUGUGCCUUUCAUGCCGUCAUGGAACGACUUGAUCCUGCUCAGGAGUAUCGGUGGGCAGCCAAUCUUCGCUAGGACUGUGAAGAACCCAUCCCUGCUGACAAGGUCGAACGCUUUGGUCAAGUCUAUGAAGGCCAGAAAGAGGGGCUUGUGCUGCUCUCUGCACUUUUCUUGCAGUUGCCUGAUGGUGAAGACCAUGUCAAUGGUUGAUCUUUCCGAGUGGAACCCGCACUGUGACUCUGGGUAUACUCUAUCAGCAAGCUUCUGCAGUUUGUUCAGGAGGACGCGUGCGAAGACUUUGCCUACGAUGCUUAGGAGAGAUAUUCCUCUGUAGUUGUUGCAAUCGCUUCUAUCACCCUUUUUCUUGUACAGGGUAACAAUGUUGGCAUCUCUCAUGUCCUGAGGUACUGAUCCUUCCUCCCAGCACUGACAGAGGAGGUCGUAAAGUUGUUCCCUCAGUGUGCUGUCGCCGCACUUGAUGACUUCUGGUGGUAUGCCCUCCUUCCCAGGCGCUUUCCCUGAGGACAGGCUCUCAAUGGCCUUCUUCAGUUCAGCCACAGUGGGUUUCUCGUCCAGUUCAGCCAUGAGAGGGAGGCUUUCAAUGACUGCAAGGGCAUCGGAUGUGACUUGAUUCUGUCUGGAGUACAGUUCGGAAUAGUGUUCCACCCAUCUCUCUAUCUGCUUGCCUUUGUCCUGGAUGGUCUCGCCCGUGGCAGACUUCAGUGGUGUUGUAACCUUCUUGGUGGGGCCCAUGGCUUUCUUGAUGCCUUCUUACAUGCCCCUGAUGUUUCCAGUAUCAGCCGCUAACUGGAUGCUCUGGCAGAGCUGGAGCCAGUAUUCAUUAGCACAUUGCCUUGCUAGUCUCUGUACUUUGCUCUUGGCAGAUAUGUACACCUGCAGGGUCCUCUGGCUGGGGGAUCGCUUGUAUUCCAGGUGAGCUCUGCGGCGUUCUUCUACGGCUGGAGUGAGUAUAGAGGAGUUGGCCUCAAACCUGUCGUUGUUAUUUGUCUGCUUCUUUCCAAAGACCAUCAUGGCAGUGCUGUGUACAGACUCUCUAAUGCGGUCCCAUCUCUCUGUGGCUGAGCCACCAGGAGGAUCUGAGUCAAGCACCUCGGAGAGAGAUUGGGUGAAUUCCGCUACCUUGUCAGGAUGUGCGGUCUUGCUCACAUCUAUGCGGUAUUUGCCCUGGGGCCUGGAGCGAUGGAUCUUCUUAGACAGAAGUCUCAUCUUGGAGUACACCAGCAAGUGAUCAGUAUUGCAGUCAGCGCUGUGAAAGGAGCGGGUAAGGAGGACACACUUCAACGCAGAUCGCCUGGUGAUGAUCAGGUCUAACUGGUGCCAGUGUUUGGAGCGAGGGUGUCUCCAAGACACUUUGUGCUGAGGCUUUGUCUGGAAGAAGGAGUUGGUGAUGCUGAGGUCAUGGUAUGAGCAAAACUCCAGGAGUCGUUGCCCAUUCUCAUUCAUCUUUCCAACACCAAACUUUCCAAGACAGGAGGGCCAAGAGUCGUGAUCAGUGCCCACUCUGGCGUUGAAGUCACCUAGCAGUAUCAGGUGCUCUUCUUUUGGGAUCCUGUCGAUAAGAGCGUCUAGCUGGCUGUAGAACUCGUCCUUGGUAUCCCUGGUGGCGCUGAGUGUUGGUGCAUAUACACUGAUCAGGUUGACGGGCCCAGUGGUGGUGUGGAGACGGAGUGAUAGCAGUCUUUCUGUGCCUUGUUGACAGGGUUCUAUCAUUCCCAAUAGAGAGUUCCGGACAGCAAAUCCAACGCCAUACUCUCUGGUUUCCUCUGCACUCUUCCCUUGCCAGAAGAACGUAAAGUUAUUUUCUCUGAGAGUUCCAGAGUCGACAAGCCGCGUCUCCUGCAGUACGGCAAUGUCAACCUGCAGUCUCACAAGUUCAUCGUUGAUGACUGAGGUCUUCCGAGCAUCGCUGAUGGCCUGGAGGUCGUCGGACAGUCCUGGAUGUCAUUGUUCUGACAUUCCAUGUGCCCAGCUUGAGGGGAGAAGUUUUCAUUGUUGAAUUUAAAUUUCUUGUGUUGUUGCCUGGUGCAGCAAUCACAGUCCACUUGUCGGAUACUUGUACCCUAAGCCCUACGCACCCAGUAAGGCAGGCUGACUGUGGCGGGACAACACCUAUUUGGCUGGGGGCUGCCCAGCUUGAGGCGGGCGGUAGUUGUCCAAUGAGACGUGGUGUUCUCUCCCACCGACGAAAGCAACCCCUGGCGCCAGCUCUACGCCAA